UUUUGGUCUUUAAUAACAUUUUGAUCACAUUCACACUCUCCUUUUAAAAAAGUCUGAAAACAUCUCAGUAACGCCGUUUCAAUGUGGCAACUCUAAAGAUAAAUUAUCUUGAAUCUCUUGAUUUUCUCUUUCAUAUCUAGUAUAUUUGUAUUCCAACCUUGAAGCAUUACAUUCAGUGCAUUCAAUUUGCAGAUAUGUCCACCAGGUAAGCUAACAUAGUCAAAAAGUUCUCAUUAUAUAUGUAAUCUUCAAGGUCUAUUAUCAGAUGGAGGAAAAUUCUGAUUGUCACGUGAAAAUAUUUUAAUUGUUUUUGAAUUGUGAGACAACCACCUGACUUUACUCUGAAACAGAAGCUAUGUGGUCAGAGCCCAUCUCUUUGCAUAGCAUACUAAAACAAUGUGUGUUCAUUACAUGGAAUUUUAAUAACUUUGUCGAGGGCCUUUUGUAUUUCAGGCUGCAACUUUAAUGCUGAAGCUUGGCACUGAAUCAUACAGUGUGUCCACAUUGCUGCGUGUACCACUUUCUUUACUCAUACUGCAAUCCCCUUUGUCGUCACUGCUGCUGACCCACACUGUACAGCCCUGCCACAACCAUAGCCCAGUUAAGAUCUUCAUCCACUAUGAAUUUAUUGAGGAUCUUGCACAUUUCCUCAUUGAUUGUUUGGGUUGGGAUUUCUUUGCAAAAUAAAGGAAUUCUUCAACUGUUGUACCUGCUUGUACAAGCCUUAUGUAACAAACGCUGAGCCACAUUGGCUAUGACUGUGGAUUUAUCAAGCUGCAGUGCAAAAUAUUGACUCUUCUUCACGUGUUCUAUCAACUGGUCCUGAACAUUUUACACAAGGUCAUCAAUGCAUUGAUGGAUGGUAUUAUUUGACAUAGGAAUGGUUUUCAGUGCUACGGCUGCUUGUUCAGCUAUCAUAAUUCUACAUGUAUAUUGCUGUUGGAAGUGGAAGGGUCUCAUAAAAACCAUUUUGGCUGCAGAAUUCCAAAGAACCUGUAAACAUACUACCUUCACUUUGUGUGUACAUUUAUAUCAGGGAUGUGGUAUACAAACCCAUACUAUGCUAGGCAAAAAGAGGUUAAUGGCCUGUCCUGGAGACAAACUUAUAUCAGCUCCACAAUCACAAUCCUCUGCCAGAAAUUUCAAGCCAGGAGGGGGUGCACGUCAGCUGCAGUUAGUAAUCAAGUGGGAACAGGCUAGAGGGGAGAACAUACAGCCCUAGAAGAAGCUUAGUCAGCAGAUCUGGAGACUAUAGUAAACUGGUGAGAUGAGAAGCCUCACUGGGGAAGGGAAGGCUUAGUCAAUGGAAUGUUAGACUACUCUCAAGGAAGUGACCAGAGCUCACUGAGGAAAAAGGAAAGCCUAGAUACAGCCAGGCUGUUUUUACUUCUGGGAUUGAUCCCAUCCCAUAUCCAUCUUGGUCAACAGUUCUUUGUUGACUGUUUCACUAGUUUGAUUCUGAGUUGAGGCAUGUCCUGCUUAUGGGCCCCAACUGUAGUCAGUUGGUACUUUACUGCUGUGACACCCAUGUGUGAGCAAUAAGAUUAGCUCUGAACACCUUUUGAGGCUGAAACGAAGAGUUCCCUAGUGUCAGCAGCAAAGGCAAAUGACUUGCAGAAGAUCAGACACAGCAUCCCUAUUUUAAUCUCCAGAGUGAACUCUUAUAUUGUGUUGACUAAAUAAACAUCAGCAAGACAAACAAUCAGCUCCUUGGCCUAAAAGGCUUGAACUCCUCCAGUUCGUUAAUGCUAUUGCAUUUUUGAGCCCCCCCAAAAACUGAAAUAUAUACAUAUAUCAAACUGCACCACUGUAUAGUUACCAUUAACUUAACUGUACAGGUUUCAGAUGGAGAUCUAAAAAAGCUCUACAUAUGCCCUAGAGUAGCUUUUCUAUAUAUGAAAGCAUGACAAUCUUAAAGUCCAAUAUCUCAGCCAAUUCCUGGGUUAGAGCUUCAGGAACCCUUAGGAAAGCACUGUCCCAUGGUGUCAUGAAAGCAUCCUCUUAGAAUCAUAGUAUUCUCUUAUGGCAACUGUUUGGAGCCAAGGUUAUUAAAUGAUUGUACAGCUUCAACUCUUCAAUUCUUUCUGCUAAAUCAAACAGCAGUCUAUUUCAGAGACAUCUUGUGUUGUCCCUGCAGUCUAUGACUAAUAUCUGCUAGAAAAUUAUUUUUUGACAACUAGAUGUAGGGCAAUGGGAUAUACUCAGUAAAUCACACAUCUGAGAAUAGCUGAGAACAAGCACCCCAUAUCCAUUGAUGUAAUAAAUAAGCAUUUGAACCACACAAGUCUUGAUCAGUGGUAGAAGAGAUUUCUUAGAUCAUCUGGUAUGUAUAUCACAUGACCACAAUAGAUGAGAAUACAGAAAAAAGAGCUAAUAUCAGCACACCAAGUUUCCAAAAACAGAAGGUUGUGGGGAUUUUUGGAGGAAUGUUCAAAAGUGUUCCCAUAUCCUUUACAUCUACAGAGUUGCCACUUACCAGUGUUGUAGGCAGCAUUAAUUUUAAAGAAGAUUGAGGUGUCAAGUUUAUGAAGUAUGGAUUAAAGUAUUACAAAACCGGUCUGAUAGUGAUACGUUAAAGGAGCUCAAUGUAUUUAGCUUAACAAGAAGGUUAAGGGGUGACCUGAUCACAGUCUAUAAGUACCUUACCUAGGGAACAAAUAUUUGAUAGUGGGCUCUUCAGUCUAGCAGACAAAGGUAUAACAAGAUCCAAAUGCUGGAAGUUGAAGCUAGACAAAUUCAGACUAGAACUAGGACAUGAAUAUUUAACAGUGAAGGUAACUAACCACUGGAACAAUUUACAAACUGUCAUGGAGGAUUCUCCAUCACUGGAAUUUUAAAAUCAAGACAGGAUGAUUUUGUAAAAAGACACGCUCUAAUUCAAAAGGAAUUAUUCUGUGAAAUUUUUAUGGCCUGUGUUAUGCAGGAGGCCAGAUUAGAUGAUCACAAUGAUCCUGCAUACUGCCUUGGAAUCCAUGACCCCAUCAACCUCAGGCAGAAUCUUAAGAGUCCUCUAGUCAUUUUCUCAGAAAAAAGACAGACUGGUUGGAAGGCAGCAUAGAGUGGAAUUGGAUUGCAUAGCUAAACUGACCUACAGAUCCAUAGUGAUUCUACUCCAUGCCCCAAGGAAACAUACACCAUACUACAAGAUCAAACAGUUCACAAAGAAAGAAGAGGAAGGGUGGAAAGUAGAUGUUAAAACACACUCUGGAUCAUUGGGCAUAAAAUCAAAGCAGACCUAUUUUGAUGUGCUUCCCAUUACCCUGAUUACAAGGUUGCUGUUUUAGGUACUGCAGAUGGAAAACAGUACAAGGAUACAGGGAUAAUGCCCUGGUACUGGAAGGCAGGUGAUGUGAAGGACUUCUUCCUCUGACAAAGUUGUAGGAGCCUGAGAGACUAUCAUUCUUCCCUAGCAUCUUGGCUCUGAAGAGAUGCUACCCCUCUAAAUUGGAGAUUCUCGUCAUGAGUGUGAGCAUCAGAUGAAAAGCCUGAUAUCAGACUUGAAGCAAGACUAACAAAUGAAAUAGUUGGGCCCACUGCCCAAUAUUUCUGAAGCAUCGUAAGUGACUUGUAAGACAACUGAGUACGACACAUCCUGUAGCCACCAGCUCCUUUUAUGUCAUUUUCUGUUCCUCUGGAAAGUGAUAAAAUUAAAACACCACCAGCUCCCAAAGCUGGAAUUGGUAUCUAACCAUAACUGCUUUGUAGUUGGCAGGAUGCUUGAGAAAUAGUACUCCCUCUCCAAAAGGUCACCGUUUGGCAUCCUUGUCCAACAUUACUUUUUUCAUCCUUUCACUGGCUGCUGACAUUUCCAACGUACCAGGAGUGGGAAGAGACUGCAAUUCCUGCCAUAGCGACUGAUAUAACAGUGAAAAAGCAAAUCCCAGAGUCCAGGUUCCCAACUCCAAGAAUACCCUGCCUCUAGCCCUGCGGCAUUUAGGGGCUGUUACCAAAAUUAUCUCAAUAAAUCUCUUUCAGCAGCUGUGUGGGAGAGAGGUAGUUUCUUGGGUAAGUAGGUACUAAAGGACAUAGCGAUUUCUGGCUCAAAAUCAAUGACUAGAAUUACAACCACAAGAAAAUGCUGCCUCUGAAAAGUAUCUAUUAUAUUUGCCAACAAUUAGUGCACAUACAUAUUGUACUAGUCAAAGCUUCUGCGUGUUUUUUCAGGAAUAGCUCCCAAUUAGAGACAGAGUAACAAUUCACUCCAGAGAUAUAUUAGCAGCACCUUAACAAUACCUGUACUAAUAUAAUUUACAUCGUCAGAGUUUUGUGCAGGCAUAGAUAACGUUAGUUGACUGCCUAUGAACCCCAACUUCCUCUCUUCAUGUGUUGGUCGUUUUUCACAUUGAUUACUGUGAGCUUCUCCUCUCUGGCCUCACUGCAUCUCAGUCCACCCUGGUCAAGUCUGUUCAAAAUGUUGCUUCUUAAGUCAUCUCCCUCUCCUCCCAUGUCACUCCGCCUCCAUCACCAGAUCAAAUUCAAACUUCAUUCUCACCUAAAAGGCUUUACCCAAAAAGUCCCUAUUUACAUCUCUGCUGGGCACUUCUCCUCUUCUCCCCCUUGUUCUUCUCACUCAUCUCUUUCCCGAUCUUUUUGACUCGAUAUAUUAUGUUCCCAUAGCUGUCAUUUGCCCCCAUUCCUACAACGUUCCCCAUGUCCUUGCGCUCUACAAACCUUUGCUUCCCCGGCACGACCUCAACUAGCUAUUCCUCCCCCACAAUUUUGCUCAGUCACAACCCCAUCAAUAUUCCUCUCCUGAAUUAUCCUGGGUCUUUUCCUCUUCUUCUUCAGGUGUGUGCUCUGGCCUCAAACGGCUCUGCGCGGGAAGCGCAGGGGUAGAGCACUUGACCGCUGUUUCAUUUUACGGGCAGGGCAGGGCGGGGAAGUCUGCGCUGCUGCUGUCAAGAUGUGAGCGCCGACAAAGCCGCCCAACAACGUGCGUUGUCUUUAUUCCCAGGCAAAGACCUGUAAACACGAGCACGCGUGCAUCGCCCAGCGACCGCCCAGACGCGACGCGUGGACCCCGCCUCCCUUAACCAAAAAACAACGCUGCGAACGGCUCAGACAAGCGGGAACGAACGAGAAACACCUCAACCCCCACCCGCGCUUUCCCGGCUCCUUUCCGAGGCCAGGCAGACUGCGCGGCGGAGUGCGGGAGCCCCGGGCUUGCAGAGAACCGCCAUCUCGCCCCGCCGGGUGCACACCCACCGCUGCCCGGGCCCUGCGGGGGGCUCGAGGCGCCCGCGCCGCCCCGACGGCCGUUGGCACAGCAGCAGCACCGCCCAACAGCUCCCAGCUGCGCGGCGCUCCCCUCUCACGUGAUCCGGGCUCGGGGGUGGGGGGAGGGGAGCGGCGAUUGGCUGCGCGCGGCGCGCGGUGUUUGAUGGGAGAGCAGCUGAGCUGUCUGCAGCCCCGUCAGCGUCGGCGGGAGACAGCAGAGGCGAGAGCAGGAUGCGCGGGGCGGGCCCGCGGCAGCUGUGAAUUCCAUCAGAAGAUUGUUAUAAGCAACCAAGUCAACCUAUUUCCACAAAUUAAAAAAUGGGUGGAUUAGUUUCCCGAUGGAGGCAGGCAAAGGCUUCGACAAUAGAAGUGUUGGAGAAAAUUGAUAAGGACAUCCAGGCAUUAGAAGAAUUUAGAGAAAAAAAUCAGAGGCUACAGAAGCUAUGGGUUGGAAGACUACUUCUCUACUCAUCAAUUCUUUAUCUUAUUACUUGUUUAAUUGUAUAUUUGUGGUAUCUUCCUGAUGAAUGGACAGCAAGGCUGAUUAUGAUGCUUCCAUUUUUUGCAUUUCCGUUGAUAAUCUGGUUUAUAAGAACAGUGCUCAUUUUCUUCUUUUCCAAAAGAACAGAAAGAAAUAGUGAAGCAUUAGAAGAGCUAAAAUCCCAAAAGAAAAAAAUACUUGAAGAAGUAAUGGAAAAGGAAACUUACAAGACAGCUAAAUUAAUUCUUGAAAGGUUUGAUCCAGAAUCUAAGAAGGCAAAGGAGGUUGAACUACCAUCUGCUGGAGCAUCUGCAACUCCAAGACCUGGACAAGAAAUUCGUCAGCGGACCCCAGCUCAAAGAAAUGUCUCUGCAACCACCCCAGUAAGCCCUAAACAGGGAUCUCCAAAAGCUCCAGGUCCACUAGCAGCAUCUCCUGGUCUGCAAAAGGACGCUUCAGCUCCUGGUGGACCCCCAGAAAGAACCGUUGCAUCAGCCUUCCAGUCAAAUGUGUUACCAAGACGUCCUGGAUCCCCUGCUACUUCAAUGCCUGGAAUGGGUCUCCAUCCACCAGGCCCUCCUUUAGCAAGACCUAUUCUUCCUCGAGAAAGGGGAGCUUUGGAUAGAGUUGUUGAAUACUUAGUUGGUGAUGGUCCACAGAACAGGUAUGCCCUUAUAUGUCAACAGUGUUUUUCUCAUAAUGGUAUGGCUCUGAAGGAGGAGUUUGAAUACAUUGCAUUUAGGUGUGCGUACUGCUUUUUCCUGAAUCCUGCAAGAAAAACUAGACCACAAGCUCCACGACUCCCAGACUUCAGUUGUGAAAAGAAGCAGCCAACAGAAUUGCAGACUACGGUUGGACCUUUGCAUUCUGGAGGGGUAAAACUACAAGAGAAUCCACCAAAGGAAGAACCCAUAGAACAAGUUACACAUAUUAUUGAAGCAGACCAGAUAGAUGGUGAGGCAUCAAGUACUGAGCAGCAAGGGGUUCAAUUAUCUGAAGAGGGUGUUAAAGAAGAAACAACAAAUGAAAAUGAACCUUCAGUUACAAAAAUCGAUUCUGCUGUUCCAACUGAACAAAGUGAUGAGUCUGUCCUGGAAGCAGAAUAAGUACUUCAAGUGCCUUCUGUAGCUAGUUCUUUUAGCUUUGUUCAUGCAAGUUGUUACUCUUAAGGUGGGCUUUUCGAAAAUGGUAUAAUUUAAAAUCUCUCUUGAGCUCAGACUGCCUCACUACCACAGUACGUUGAAACUAUGUGCACUACUGGAUAUUGAACAUUAAGCAUGUAUUCUUUCAGUGAGCUAAUGCACUGCAGAAUGUGCAGCUGGUUGAAGUCUAACACAAUCACAGGUCGCUUUAGUUUAGAUUUGUAUAUUUGAAAACUAAAAUUUACCUACAGGUUUAUUUUCCAUACACUUAACCAAAUGCAUACUAAGUUUUAGGUUAUUGAACAUAAGCUGCAGUAAUUGGCAACAACUUGUCUAGUGGAGUUUUGGUUUUGUGAACUUUUUAGGAUUUUUUUUAAUGUUUACCCAUUGGAAUGGAUUGAGUGACUUUUAAAUAUCUAGAUGUUUACAUGCUAAAAUGUCUUUAGGCAUUCAGCUUAAGCAGUAUGGAAACGUCAUCAUAACUGUAACAGCUUAGUCAUUGUCUUAACUUUUUUGACAGAAUGCAUUUAAACAGCACUAAGCUAUAUGGUAACUCCUUUGGCAUUACCUAUGUUGCAGAUGGGCCAAAGGCACAUGAUAUACAAAAUUAGUUUGUGUUUACAUAAAGUAUAGGAAGUCUCUGCACUUGAUGGUACUUGAAUACUGAGCGUUAUUUAUACCUGUAUAAUAAUGACGAUAUAUAAGUGAAUGUUGUGCCUUUGUGUAUUUUGUUAAAGGAAAAUAAAGACUAUCUAGCAGCAA